GCUUUAUUUAUAGAAAUGACAAUAGGGAGCCAGGGAGGCCCCCCAGAAGCAAGGUUCAAGUCUCCUGCUUUCUUCCUUAAAAGAAAGGAAGGAAGGAAGAAAAUAAAAAAGAGAGAGAAAGAAAAGAAAAAGGAAGAAGGAAGACAGAAAAAAAAAAAACAGAAAGAGAAAUAGGAGGAGGCUGCAGCUCCUCCUUUUCAGCUUUGGUGAAGAUGGAUCCACGUUUCAUCUUUAAUCACGCCAGGCCCAGGCCCAUCUGUCUUGUUUACUCUGCCGAGGAGAGGACGGGUCUCGGUGGCGACCAUUACCUCGACACCCAGCUAACAAAUGAGGCCCGGCUCCACCGCCGCCGCCUCUGCUGCUGCCGCUGCUGGAAGACAGCCUGGAUUUUCUUUCUUUGUCCCCCACUCCUGACACCCAGCGAAAGCACCCUCUGACUGCCAGAUAGCGCAGUGUUUUGGCCACGGACACAAGAGGCUUAAGUACGGAAAAGCCUUUCAUAUCAUGAUUUAUUUGUCAUAAGCAAAUAAAAUGCGGUUAAGCUGUCUCCUACUAGACAGACGGCUCUUUGGUUAUUAAAGUUCCGAGAGAGGAUUCUGCGAGGCCGGCCUCUUUCCUCCCAGCAUAAGAAGCAAAUCUCCGCAGACCGGCUGUUGGGGGAAAAAAGUGUUAGCCGUCUCUCCCGGAUCUGCGAGGGGGAAAAAAUUUGGAACCAUAAAGUUGAAAACUUUUUUCUCUCAGUUUGGAAGAAGCCGUUCGUCAUGAAUGGGAGCCGCGGAGCUCAGGCGAGAGGAGGCGAGAGGCGCAAAGGAGGGGAGAUUUCUCGCCUGCCGCUCGCGCUGGGGCUCGAUGUGAAUAUAUAUUAUGUCUGCCUGUUCUCCCCUCGUCGGUGGCUAAGGUCAGCCGCUUGGAACGUACCCGGGAGGAGGGGGGCAGAGAGGGGAGGGAGGGGGGUCCGGCUUGUCACGUGACCCCCAGGGGUGCCAAUGUCCGAUCCUGAGGGUAUCAGGCCCUUGCAAGUUGCCACCCACUGCCCGGGCCUCGCCCAGCGAUGCAGAAAGCCACCUACUACGACAACGCCGCAGCUGCGCUCUUCGGAGGCUACUCCUCGUACCCCGGCAGCAAUGGCUUCGGCUACGACGGUCCCCCCCAACCCCCCUUUCAGGCCGCCACGCACCUGGAGGGCGACUACCAGCGCUCAGCAUGCUCCCUGCAGUCCCUGGGCAACGCCGCCCCUCAUGCCAAGAGCAAGGAGCUCAACGGCAGCUGCAUGAGGCCCAGCCUGGCCCCGGAGCCCCUGCCCGCCCCGCCCGGCUCACCCCCGCCCAGCGCUGCACCUACCAGUACCACUAGCAACAGCAAUAAUGGGGGCGGACCCGGCAAAAGCGGUCCCCCCAAGUGCGGUCCCUGCUCCAACUCCACCCUCACCAAACAGAUAUUCCCCUGGAUGAAAGAGUCGAGGCAAACGUCCAAGCUGAAAAACAGCUCCCCCGGCACAGCAGAGGGCUGCGGCGGUGGCGGCGGCGGAGGAGGCGGCGGCGGCGGCAGUGCGGGCGGCGGCGGGGGCAGCAGCGGCGGCGGGGGAGGGGACAAGAGCCCCCCGGGGUCGGCGGCGUCCAAGCGGGCGCGGACAGCGUACACAAGCGCGCAGCUGGUGGAGCUGGAGAAGGAGUUCCACUUCAACCGCUACCUGUGCCGGCCUCGCCGCGUGGAGAUGGCCAACCUGCUGAAUCUCAGCGAGCGGCAGAUCAAGAUCUGGUUCCAGAACCGGCGCAUGAAAUACAAGAAGGACCAGAAGGCCAAGGGGCUGGCCUCGUCGUCUGGGGGCCCUUCUCCAGCCGGCAGCCCCCCGCAACCCAUGCAGUCCACGGCCGGCUUCAUGAACGCCUUACAUUCCAUGACGCCUAGCUACGAGAGCCCGUCCCCGCCCGCCUUCGGCAAAGCCCACCAGAAUGCCUACGCGCUGCCCUCCAACUAUCAGCCCCCUCUCAAGGGCUGCGGUGCCCCCCAGAAGUACCCCCCGACCCCGGCGCCAGAUUAUGAGCCCCACGUCCUCCAAGCCAACGGGGGCGCCUACGGGACGCCCACCAUGCAGGGCAGCCCGGUGUAUGUGGGCGGGGGCGGCUACGCGGAUGCGCUGCCGCCCCCUGCCGGCCCCUCCCUCUAUGGCCUCAACCACCUUUCCCACCAUCCUUCGGGGAACCUGGACUACAAUGGGGCACCCCCUAUGGCCCCCACCCAGCACCACGGACCCUGCGACCCCCACCCCACCUACACAGACCUCUCCUCUCACCAUGCGCCUCCUCCUCAGGGUAGAAUCCAAGAAGCGCCCAAAUUAACACACCUGUGAUGUUAAAGGGAGGGCGGAGGAGCGAGGUCAAGGGCGAGGGAGGGGGGUGGUGAGGAAGAAGAAGAGCAGAGCUGUGGAGCUCCAAGGGCAGCCGGGAGAUCUCAAAGAGGCCAGGGAGGUGGUAGCCAGGCUUCCUGGGCAGAACCGGCCUGCAGCUCCUUCCCCUCCCCCUCCCCCUGGCCUGAGAGGUUGCUUUUAAAUCCUCCACCCCUAGUUCCAUCUGCCUGCCAACCCAUCAGAAAGGAAUCCACAGCAGAUUGGAGAUGACCCCAUCAACCCCAGGGCUCCAGCACUACCAAGUUGGAAUUCUACCCAUGGGAGUAGGGUAGAGGAAGACGAAGUAGAAAAACAAGGCAGAGAAGCACAGUUUUAAAAACAGACAAGAUGGCUAGGCCAUCACUAACCAAUCAACUUACCUUCCAUCUCUGCGGGUAAUUCCCCCAAAUCUUAAUUUUUUUUCCUGUCAAUUCUCUUUGAAAAACAAGAAAACACAUUUCAAAUCCAAGGGCACAAAGCACGUUCCCCUUCCACUUCCCUGAAACCUCAAAUUUCCUCCCAUCUAUUUCAAGUUUAUUGGGGUACCUUCUCCAUUUCUAGCCCCAUGUUUUUCCGCUCUAGGACAUUCAUAUCUAUACCACACACCCAUGGAUUACAGUUGUUAGAGGGCUCAGGGAUGGCAAGAGAUCCUGAAAGUCAGAGCUGCCUAUUUCAUUAUAUAUAUAUAUAUAUAUUCUUUUAAGGAAAAGUUAGGAGGCUAGGGCAGGCAAGUUGUCAAGACUGAAGGUUUGCCCAUUCUGCUGCCUCUGUCUCAGCUCCAGGUCCAUCCCCCUCUCUCCCCGGAAAGCAGUCAGAGACACGAGGUUCUACACUUUUCUUUUCUUCUGUUGCUCUCUUGACUUAACGUGAAAACAGGGUAUAUUUGAACAAACUGUCUGUCCCAGGCAGGAGCUGCAGCUGGGCUUAUGUGCCUUGCUCAACCUCCUGACAGGACACUUUUGUUGCACUUAGAGUUUACAUUUUAAUGGAUAUAAAAACAACUGUGAGAGAUGCCUGGGCCUGCAGAAGUCCAGCAUCGCUCAAAAAGCGUGUGUUCUAGUGAACAUUUUCAUAUAUAUUUAUUGGUUAUAGCCUGUUAAAAUAUUUUCUUUUUGUAUUAUUUAUCCCCCUACAUUAUGUAUUUAUAUGAGGGAAAAAAGGAAAAAAUUGUACUUUUUUAGUAUUUACUUGUUAUAAAGGACAUUGUGUUUCCUGUCAUGUAAAACCAGCUAUUUUAGUUAUUAUUGUACUCUAGAAAAGAGCUGUAGAUUUAUGUUAAACUCGUACUUAUGAGCAAUUGUAAUUAGUUCUUAAAGGCAUGAACUCAGCUCCUAAUUGUCACUGUAUAGUCCUGAAUUUGUAGAAUUAGAGUUAAUUCCCUCUUGGAACUUUCUUUGUUCUUCUGUAGUUACUUUUUUCCUUACCUAAAAGGGUUGUCUGUCAAACAAUUCUUGAAUAAACUUUCUGUUAUCAAUUUUA